CGUACGUGUGCCUGUUCAUCAUGGACGCUGACGCCGCCCGGUUCGGAAGUCUCAAACAGAGUUUUGAGUCUGACUGCCUCGGCGCGGUCCGAGCAACGAGGCGGGUCAGACGUUCCCGGAUAGUAAGUUGGUUCCGAACCAGACUACCGUAUGUCAUCCGCCCGAUUUGGACUACCCGCCUGGGCGCACGACACAUCCGCCCAUCCGUGCUUCCGCAAAGCCUAUAAUAUUUACAACCUGCAGACAAUGCUCUGACCUUCACAGACGACACCAUGACCUCCACGAUGACAACGCUUAUGCCCCCGCCUCUGCACAUCCAAGUUAGAGAUGCGCAAGUUGUGCCGGUACCAACCAACGUAGACACGCGCAAGCCGUCCCCUCCCCAAGCUGAUGCCCUCGUAUCGAUGAUCCGCUCCCUCACGCUCGACGACGACUACUUCGAGCGACGAGCCUUGCGCUCCACCUGCAUACAAAAGACCCCGGUAGACGACUUCCAUCCGCAGUACAGCGAGAUAAUACCGGGUCUUUUCGUCGCCGACAUGUACACCGCGACCUCGCCUGCCGUCCACCGCGGUCUAGGGGUCACGCACGUCGUCUCCGUGCUCAAGCAGGACUGCCCGCGGUUCUGGCAGAAUCUGCAGCAUGUCUGCGUUCCCAUCGAAGACUCGAGGUCCGCCGGGUUACUGGGUCACCUUGACUUCAUCACGGAUUGGAUCCAGCAUGCGUUGGAGCGCGGCGGCCAGGUAAUGGUACACUGCGUGUGGGGCAUGAGCCGGAGUGCAAGCGUUGCAAUCGCGUUCCUCAUGGCGACAAGGAGGAUGUCACUGGACGACGCCUUUAGGCAUGUUGUUUCAAGGCGCAAGAUUGUCCGGCCAAAUAGCGGAUUCAUGCAACAGCUCAAGGUCUACGAGCGGAUUCUGAGGGCGAGGGAAGAGAAAUCAAAGCGAGUGCAAAGGGUGUUCGCAUCCAUGAAGAUACAGGAGUGGCGCUAGAGACACGAUUUGAAGGAGCCGAAAUCUGACGGUGUACGACUACUCUUGACGUUGCAACUCGAACCUUCACGCGUGCACGCCGUGUUGCCAUAUGAUCGCGUGCCGAUUACAGGAAGUUUUGUAAGCGUAUCUCGUUGAUGAUGUAGCCAGUGUGAGAUGUCGGUCUUUCGGAGAGGUAAUCUUGAAACCCAGCACAUAUCGUUUCG